GUCCCAAAACCGUAAACUUAAAAAUACUGAUAAAAUUAAAUGUUUUAAUUCAUAUAACUAACAACUAGCUAAAUGCUAAUUUACAUGGCUCCACGAAGUGUUAAUAAUAUUCUAAUUCGUACGAAAUAAAAUAUAAAACCUACGCUAAGCAGUUUCUAAGUCCGCGUAAUUGCAAUGUACCUAAAUUUUUUAAUGCUGAAGGUGUAAUUAACGUAUAUUAAAACCAGAAAGCAACAAAAACUUCACAAUGAACUUCGGCGGUACACUGAGGAUAAACAAAUUCGCCUGCUUUACGUUAGGUUUUAUAAUGUUUCUCAUAAUAUAUUGGCGAUCGGGGGGCUCAUCAUUUCCAUCCGACAAAUCGGAUCUUGUUAACAUAAAGUCGUUACUCAAAGCUGCAAUAUACGUAGCGGAGCAGGGGGGUCACAAAGUAGUGGGAAACACUGAAAAUCUCAACGUACAGAGUAAAGGAAAAACGGAGGAAGGCGCGAACAACCCCGUCACUGAUGCAGACUACGCGUCCCACUGUGUCAUGUAUUAUAGCCUUAAGAAUACAUUUCCCAAAAUAAAUAUUAUAUCUGAAGAGCACACUACUGAUAGUACUUGCACCCAGCAAAAGCCUAUUGAUGUGGAUGCCCUUCAGACUGAUGAUGGAACUAUUGACUAUCUCAAUGAUGAGCAUGUGUAUGCAAAAGAUGUGACAAUAUGGAUAGAUCCUUUGGAUGCCACUCAAGAGUAUACUGAAAAAUUAUACAAGUAUGUGACAACCAUGGUGUGUGUUGCCAUCAACAGUGUUCCUAUUGUAGGAGUGAUACAUUACCCUUUCACCCCACGCACUUACUGGGGCUGGGCCACCAAAGCCACGUCUAACAACAUUCCGAAGGCUGUACAACAUAGAGUAGACAACAAAGAUCAUCCCAGAGUUGUUAUAUCCCGAUCCCACGCUGGCAAAGUGUCAGAUAUUGCAAAAGAAGCCUUUGGUCCAAAGACCAAUGUGUCUCAAGCAGCCGGAGCUGGGUACAAAGUUAUGAGUGUCAUCAAUGGAGAAUUUGACGUAUACUUCCACUCUACGGCCAUCAAGAAAUGGGACUUGUGUGCCGGGAAUGCAAUCAUCAAUGCCGUAGAUGGCAAAAUGACGACUGCAAAAGGGGAAAGUAUAAAUUACUCUCCGGGUACUAAUGUAAAAGUGUCAGAUGGACUCUUGGUAGCGAGGUACGACCAUGACUAUUACUUGAGUAAGAUGCCAAAGAUGUUGUCAUCUGUGCCAAAAUAAUAAUAAUUGACUUGUGGUUUCUUUGUAAAAGUCAUAAUUCUUGCCAUGUGAUGAAAUCCAGUGUCUAAAUUUAGAUCCACAGGUAACGGUCCUGUUGCAGCUAUCACCCUGAAAAUUUUGAGACAUUAUUUACUGGAUUGCAUUUCGGUGUUGGUGCUUUUUAUUGGAGGGUCACAUCCUAACAACAUUUAACUUUGAAAAUAAGGUUUGUCUUCAUUAUUUUUUUUAGAGUUUAAGUAUGAUUUCAUAUUUCUUUAAGAGGAGUAGAACUAGUGUUAAGAUAGCAAAGUCAAUUAAUUCUCUAAGUAGGCAUUCUAUUACUUGAUUAAGUUUCAGCAGCAGUGGUCCAUACUCUCUUUAAAAGUUCUAAAAACUCUAGCAACCAUUAAGCAAUUAGUUGAACUGCUCAUAUUUUAUUCUUCUAAAUUGGAAGUAAUAAGCAAUAAAUGAACUGUUAAAAGUAUAUUAUGUUUAAUUACAUUUCAUAUUAAUUGAUGAUCUCAAUGACAAGGAAUUUUGAUAUGGGAUGUAAUAAAUUGAGUAGCAGGCAUAGUAAAUAUAAUAUGAUACAUGAUUUUGAUUAGUUUUACCACAAAUUAUUAUUAUUUAUUAGGGAGGGUCUCCCU